AGACAAGGGAGAUUACUCCAAACAUCAGCAUCUGUUAAUCUUCACACUUCGGCAUCAAAUAGAAGCUCCUCAGAUCGAGAAUACCUUCACAUCACCCGCAUACCCACAUACCACUUUCAAGCCAGCCUUCCCAAGCUUCCGGUACCCAAGCUGGAAAAGACCUGCGAGCGCUACCUGGCUGCGCAGCUGCCUCUGCUUUCCCAACAGGAACACAAGCAGUUGCAGGCUGUUGUGGCAGACUUCCAGAAUGGCAAGGGAGCAGAACUUCACAAGCAGCUGGUAGCCACAGACAAGGCCAACAAGCAUACAAACUAUGUCUCAGAUCUGUGGUUUGACAUGUAUUUGAAAGAUCGUCGACCAGUGGUGCUUACCCAUAAUCCUUUUAUGUGUUUUACGGACGAUCCAAGACCUGCUUAUAGAAGUCAGUUGAUUAGAGCCGCCAACAUGCUCAUUUCGUCCACCCGGUUCAUGAAAACUUUACGAGACCAGAAACUGGAACCGGAAAUUUUUCACCUAAAUCCAUCCAAGUCUAACACAAGCACCUUUCAAACUGUGACCAGUCUGUUGCCGCCAUCGCUGUCCUGGUAUGGAGCUUAUCUGUUUAAAGCCUUCCCUUUAGACAUGAGCCAGUAUCACCGGUUGUUCAACUCUUGUCGGAUCCCAAGACCUGAAAAAGAUGAAUUGUACACAAACAAGUCAGCCAAACAUAUUCUGGUGUUGAGGAAAGGCAACAUGUAUGUUUUCGACAUGUUGGAUCGGGACGGUAACAUAAUACCAGAAACUGAGGUCCUAGCUCAUCUGUCCUACAUUUUGAAUGAUGACACACCUCCUCCAGAGUUUCCUAUUUCAACUUUGACCUCUGAGUUCAGAGAUGUGUGGACACGUGCCCGCCUGCAGCUCAUAAAUGCAGAUUCACGAAAUGAGAACAAGUUACGUCUAAUUGAGAGCGCCAUGUUUGCCUUAUGCCUGGACGAUGAGCAGCCCAGUGACCCAAAUGCCAUCUCACGUUGUUUCCUGUAUGGAGAUGGCAUCAAUAGGUGGUACGACAAAAGCUUUCAGCUGAUACUUACAAAAGAGGGAACAUCGGCAGUACACUUUGAGCAUUCCUGGGGAGAUGGUGUCGCUGUGCUUCGGUACUUCAGGGAGGUGUUUGCUGAUUCGGUCAAAAACUCCUGGGUACAUCCUGACACUCGGCCUUCUAGGAAUGCAAACUCUGACCAAAGGGUACAUAGGCUACAGUUCAAACUGGAUCCUUUGUUGAAGGAGACCAUAAAAAAAGCCAAGCAGAGAUUUGAUGAAGUGACAAGCACCCUGGAUGUCCACCAUCUACAGUACACAAAGAUGACCAAAACAGACGUGAAAAGGUCCAGGCUGAGCCCCGACUCCGUUAUGCAGUUGGCCAUACAGCUGGCACAUUAUCAGAUUUACGGGAAGAAUGUCGGAACCUACGAGUCGUGCAGCACAUCAGCAUUUAAACAUGGCCGCACCGAGACUGUCAGGUCUUGUACCACGGCCACCAAGGCCAUGUGCGAGAAGCUGUACGGGAAAGGGGGCAGGCAAAGCAGCAAUGCUGAGCUGAUGGAGGGCCUCAGGACUUGUUCAGAAGUGCAUAGUCGACUGACCAAGGAGGCAGCCAUGGGACAAGGAUUUGACCGACACUUAUUUUGCCUAAAACACCUGGCCGAAAAGCAGGGCCUGACUCUGCCGAUGUUCACUAACCCGGCCUAUCUAUACCUCAAUCACAUCAUUCUGUCUACGUCGACCCUGUCGGAUCCAGCAGUACAGAUUGGUGGCUUUGCUCCUGUUACUCCGGAUGGUUUUGGAAUAGGUUAUGCAAUAGAGGACAAGAACAUUGGCUUUAAUGUGACGACCUACCCAGCCUGUGACGUCAGGGAGUUCAUCUCUAGUUGUGAGACUAGUCUAAAUGACAUUCACAGUAUUAUCCGUGGAGUGCAGAUGGCAGAGAAAUCUUGA